AUGCCUCCUCCGACUUCUUCGUCGUCCAAAAAGACUAAACUCGCAUCGCUCAUCUCCGCCAUCAAAUCCUCCGACCGAGCAAAGGCGAAAAAUUUGAGCGACGACAUCACGUUCGACAUUAACAGCAGCGUGGAAUGCGAGAGCGACGGGGAGGAGGAUUUCCCGUUGCAAGUCGCUUUAGGUAAUGUCUGUUGUUAUUCUUAUUCUUAG